UACCCAAUAAGAGGUAAAUUCCUUUUCAGAGAUAUUAGGAUAUAUCUACACAAAGCAGUACAUGCGUGCUUGUCUAAGCUUAGCGAGGAGGGCAAAGUGAUAUACAAGGGGAGGAGAGACACAAAGAAGUCAAAUAUAGAUGGCUCUGUAUUAUCUCUAGGUGAAAUAGAAAUGGAAGAUGAAUGGAAUAAACCAUGCGUGAAGCUCAGAACUGGGGCUGAACUUUGUACCGUAGAUGUAGACAUUGCUUUUUGCCUCGUUGUACCAGAUGACCUUCACCGGUUGCAGCAGUCAGCUGAAUCACAAAAUCCCAAAAGUGACACUCAAAAUUCGUCAAUUGACCAACAUGAGCUGGCAGGGAGCAGGCCCAAGCAGACUUCUACCAAGUACGGAUAUCGUAUCGUGCUCCCAGUAGUUCAAACUCGCUACUGGCGGAAAUCCUUUUACGAAUUCCCAGAGCCGGGAUUACUUAACAAGCCCCAUAGACACAUCGUUAUGGUGGUGAAAUAUAUAAUGCACCUCUGUAAUAGAGCAGGCUUCUGUCGCACCCGUUUUAGCUCCUAUAGUUUCCAAACCUUGGUUCGGCAUCACCAGGCAACAUGUCUACAUCAAGAGCGACGUGCUCGAUCUCAAAUUGAUCACCAAAAGGCACAUUGUUUUCCGUCAGGGGAAGGGACCUUGGGCUCAUGUUUGUUCGAUGUAGCUCAACGCGUGAUGAACCUUAUAGACCUGUUAGAAAAGAAUAACAUAGUAACGGUCGGUAACAGAUUGAAAAAUCUUCCUGAUGCUAAUGUAGUGGAAAAUAACGAGUUCAGCAAUAACAUUCCUUACCCGAUGGACAAACUAUUUGCUAUUGUUCUUUUCAUUUGGAUUGAUACCCUGAAGUCUUCCGAUGAUUCGCUCACUGGUCCACAAUAUCGAGAUAGUCUGCAAACUCUUGUGGGGAGAGUGACGUCACUAUUCAUUGAGUCAUGCAGGAACGUGUACAAAGAAGAAUAUAGGGAUAUAGAUGGCAGUCUUGAUCCUCUUGUUCAGAUAAAUAAGCUUCAGCGGCUGAUAUCUUAUAAAGAAAACUUGCCUCCAAACAUUCCAGUCGACAUUACCAGUCUUUUAAAGGGUUCCGAUAAGCAUCCCGUAUAAAAACAAUAUGGCGGCUCCAGGCGAAUCAACUGGAUCAGUCCAUUUUUAAGAAAUAAGGGGAGUUCUGUAAAAUCCAGUUUAUUGAAAUUGUUUUUGAGAUAAAGUAAUCCGUUUAUA